AUAUUGGCUACUUGUGACUUUCGGGAGGAACGAGCAAAAAAAUAACCCAACUUUUCUCGUCUCUCGUACACGUAAGAAAAUGUUGCUCUGGAGAAUUGUUCAUUGAUCCGCGAUACGGCCGAUCCUGUCAGCGUGACUGCGGCAUUGCAUCGGGGUAUCUCACCGUUUCCACGAAAGUUGUCCUAGAAAAUGAGUUUCUUUGGUUUCGGUCAGUCCGCCGACAUAGAGAUCACGUUGGACGGCGCUGAGACGCGAAAGACUGCAGACAUCAAGUCCGAGGAUGGCAAGAAGGAACGGCACUUGCUCUACUACGACGGCGAGACCGUGUCCGGCAAGAUUAAUAUCAGCUUGAGGAAAGCUGGAAAAUUAGAGCAUCAUGGUGUCAAAGUAGAAUUUAUUGGACAAAUUGAGCUAUAUUACGAUAGAGGUAAUCAUCACGAAUUUACAAGCUUGGUAAAAGAAUUAGCAAGGCCAGGGGAAUUAACACACAAUACGGUAUAUACAUUUGAAUUUCCAAAUGUUGAGAAACCAUUUGAGAGUUACACCGGUUCUAACGUACGACUAAGAUAUUUCUUGAAAGUGACAAUUGUACGAAGGAUUAGUGACGUUGUUAAAGAACUCGAAUUAGUUGUGCACACUCUUAGUUCCUAUCCAGACAUGAAUAAUCCCAUUAAAAUGGAAGUUGGAAUUGAAGACUGUUUGCAUAUCGAAUUUGAAUAUAAUAAAAGCAAAUAUCAUUUAAAAGAUGUAAUUGUUGGCAAAAUAUACUUUCUUUUGGUUAGAAUAAAAAUAAAACAUAUGGAGAUAGCAAUUAUCAAACGAGAAACUACGGGUUCUGGUCCUCAUACGUUUACUGAAAACGAAACUAUAGCAAAAUAUGAGAUCAUGGAUGGCGCGCCCGUUCGAGGGGAAUCCAUUCCUAUAAGGGUAUUUUUGGCUGGGUAUGAUUUGGCCCCUACAAUGCGCGACAUUAAUAAAAAGUUUAGUGUUAGAUAUUAUCUGAAUUUGGUUCUCAUGGACGAAGAAGAUCGACGAUACUUUAAGCAACAGGAAAUUACAUUAUGGAGGAAAGGUGAGAAAAGCAGAAAGUCGCAAACGGCCUCGCCACAUAUGCCAUCGCAUUUAGUAUCAGCUGAAACAGGAUUCCCGCAAGGCGCUGCACAGAAUGGUCCACCGUCAGUGACAUCUGACUCUGGUCAACUGCCAACGAAUAGCGUUACAAACAUAGAAGAUACUCCAGCACCAAUUGAAGGCAUGACACGAGAAGAAGGAGAUGGCGAAGGUGAAAAAGAAGGCGGUCCAGAAAGUGAUUGAGUCUCCACAUAGGUCUGUUCCUGGUGCCAGUUAUAGCCCAGAUUAGUUGAGAACGUUAAAUAUGGCUGAAAUAUGCAGCAAAAGAAUUAGCUUAAAGAAAAAUCUCCUAUAUCGCGUUGGGAGAUUUGUUUUUAUUAAAAAUAAAACAGCGGGAUGCGUAAAAGGCCUGCUAGCAAAGUUGUAAAUAUUUUGGAUACAUUAUAUAUAAUUGAGAGCGAAUGAUUUGUAACUAGUAGAAUACCGAUCAAAAUUAUAAUACUAUGAAGACAUAGAUCUCAAAACAAGGAGAAUCUUGUCAUUUUGGAAAAGAUAAUUUCGAUAUUAUUUCACGAGCCAUAUUGCGAACGAAUAUAAUAUAAACAAACAGUACAGGUAUUCCUGAAUGGACGGCUUACUAAUCAAAUAUUAAUCAACGGUACAUUUUGCAAAACAUCUGGGUGUUACAGUGUUUUAAAUGUUUUAUACAGACACACAAUUGUGCCCACUGACUCACCCAUUAUAUAAUUCUGAAAAUCCGAAAUCUAUGGCAGCAUCAUGUUAUGCAAAGAGAGUUUAUAAAUACAAAAUGGAUAUAUACUCACAAAGGCUGCCCCAUAUUAAUCCGUUCACCUAGUCUACAAAUAUUAUAAAUGAGGGUGCUUUCCAGCAACGUACACAGAUUCUGUGCUUUCCAACUAUUUUGUUUUCCAGAUAGGACUAUGUUAUAUUUGGUGCUUUUCAGCUACGUACAUAGGCGACACAUGUGUAACAAUGUAUGUACGAUCAAGACUCUUGAAGAGUAUCGCAAAACUAGAGAAAUACUAUAGUAUACGUAAACAUAUACUGUAGUAUCCACACACUCAAACUCAACUAUUUAGCUGUGUACGAUUGUGUCAACUUAUGUCAUAGUUAAAAAGCACCGAAUCUGACACAGUGUUACACAGUGUUGCUUGUGUACGUAGCUGAAAAGCAUCAAAUGUAACAUAGCGUAGUUGGAAAGCACAGAAUCGUACACAGUGUCGCUUAUGUACAUUGCUGGAAAACACCCGAAGACACGAGAAAGUUAUUUACGUGUGUAUAUGCAUGUUUUUGAAAAUAGUUUAUAUAUAAACACAAUGCGCCUCGAGCGAGAAAGAUUGCACUUAUUUUUAGAACGAGUUUGUACAAAAAAAAAAGAAAGACGUCGAUUAUGGUGUAUGACACGAGUUAUAGAUUACUUUCAGCUUUGAGUUUAAUGAAAGUGUGCAUAUGUAGUGACAAUUUCGUAAGAUAGGAUUUUAUAUGCAAAAGCGUGCAUUUUGCGUAAUGUCAAUCUUCCAAAGACACAAAUUAUAAUAUAUCUGCUCAAGUUGGUAUGCCUUUCUCAACACGAGAGUGGACUAUGAUAGAUUAAAUAAUGGGGUAGCCGUCUCGUGUAUUUAUAAA